AUGAAUAUUCAACUCACAGAUGCUCAGCACACUAUUCUGGUGGAAGAUCGACGACAGAAAUUGAAGUUGCUAUUCAAAGCAAUAAGCAUUGGAAAGAAUCAAUUUUCAUUUGAAGUCAAAGAUGAUAUUUUGGAGAAAGACGAGAUUGAUUCUGAAUUAGAAGAUGAAAUUUUUUUUCUCAUUCGUUUGAACGCACCAUUUCUAUCCGAUCUGAAAGUCGAUUCUACCACCUCGUGCACUAUCAAAUACCGAUGGGAGUACGACGAUAUCCCAGAAAUUUUGGAAUCUGCGAUUUAUUGUCACCGUAAGAUUAAUGACUAUUACGAUGGCGAGAAUACUAUUAACAUCCCACAAGAAAUUCUUGAUCGAGACGCGGAAAAACGUGAGAGUUGGCGUCUCUACAAAUCCACAUUCAAUAAUCAUUGUGAGGCACGAUGGCAAGAGAAAUUUUUCGAAGAUACCGAAAAAUAUUUACCCGGAUUCCAUUUUCUGUACGAUUUUCAAUGGGAACCUGUUCCUGGACACAAUGAUUUCGGGGAAAAUGAUCUUAUACUGACCGAUGGCUGUGGGUGUUUUGCAGUUGUGGAGGUCAAAUUCAUCUCAUCUUCAAAUUCAGAAGAGCGCAUUUCAGAUAAAUUGCACAAAGUUAAUGAACAAGCGAAAAAGUAUAGGGACCUUUUUAUAAAGGCUAAUCGGGAUAAUAUCGAUCUUAAUGUGUUGACAGUCAUCGGUGUUACCUUUACAAAUCAAGAGGAUGGUACUGUUGGAUUUGUGGAUGACUUUGAUGAGAGCAUUGCGGACGCCAUCAAAUAUAAUCGUAGACUGAAUAGGUCCUCGCCUUCACCCAUCGAUACCACUGUAAAUAAUCCAAAUCUCACUUUUGAAGAUGGUCGAUUGAAAUAUUCGAGUACAUAUUUAGAAAAAAGAGCAGAGAUACGUAGUGAAGCAUUACGUAAAUCAAAUAUCAAAACGUCAGCUGAUGGCGAAAAUUUAUGUGACUGGGAUCGCGAAAUGAAACAGGAAAUAAGCCGACUCGAAGCAAAAAUUCAAAAGCAAUCAGAGCGUGAAAGGGAACUUAAUAUCAGCCACGUGAACGAGAUUGAGGAAAUUCAACAGCGUAAUGACAGGCGAUUUGAGAAAGUGGAAAAACGACGAAAUAAAUUACAAGACGAAAUUCAAAGACAAGAUGAGCUCAUUAAAAGAUUACAAGAAGAAAAGGAAAGUACCAAGAAAAUUUUAGUGCGGAAAAUCGAACAACUUCAGCAGAAGAUCGAAGAAGUUCAAGGUAAGCAAUAUGACGAUACCAAAUCAAAGUUAUCCAUGUCUUCAAUCUCUUCCACAUCAACUCCAACAUCAUCAAUAAUUUGUAAUCAAUCGGAUGAUGACGAACAAGAGCAACAAGAAGAGGUUGAGACACCUGCACAGAUACACUGUAACCAACAAAUUCGGUUUUAUGAUGAACUUUAUGAUAGUGAAUGA